CCUUAUUCAUUCAAGAAAUCAGGAUGGCAGCCAGGAAUGGUCCAGCUUAAAUUAGGGUGCAUUGCCACUAUACAUUGAGCUUUUAACUUUCUCAUAAACCAAGUGUUUUCCGCUUUCGUCAAUCAAGUCCUCUUAUAGACAAUCACAAAUAUGCUCCUGCCUUCUCACUGAAGUUGAGGAAAAUGGAUCUCAAGGUCUUCUCCAAGUCCUUGCUCUUCUUCUACCGGUACCUCCUAACGAGACUUAGAAGUGCCCAUGCAACCCAGGUAAAAUUGUACAAGUACCCUUAUGAAGACAAGCUCUCGGGCCGGGUUCUAAUUUGUGAUGUGGAAGGAGGGCUUCUGAGGUCUUCCUCCACCUUCCCAUACUUCAUGCUUGUGGCCUUGGAAGGAGGGGGUUUCCUAAGGGGUCUCCUACUCUUGCUUCUGUACCCUCUGGUCUGUCUUGUUAGCCAUGAGGUGGGGCUAAGGCUUAUGGUCAUGGUGGCUUUUUGUGGGCUAAGGAAGGAUGGUUUUAGAGUAGGAAGGGCUGUGUUGCCGAAGUUCUUCUUAGAGGAUGUGGGGUUGGAAGGGUUUAGGGUCUUUAGUAGGGGAGGGAAGAGGGUGUGUGUGAGUAGCAUGCCGAGGGUGAUGGUGGAAGGGUUCUUGAAGGACUAUAUGGAGGUGGAGGUGGUCUUGGGGAGAGAGCUGAAGGAUUUUGGUGGCUAUUACACUGGGUUGAUGGAGAAGGGGAAUAAGACAUGGGAAGGCAUAGCUUCAAAGGAGUUGUUUGGAGGAGAGGGAGAGAUGAAUGCCAGUGUUACUGGCUUCGGAGGCCGCUAUCUCAACUCUUUUCAUCACCCACUAUUCUCCCAUUGCAAGGAAGUAUACUUGGUCAGUGAAGCUGAAAAGAGAAGAUGGCAUCCCCUCCCAAGGUCAGCAUACCCUAAGCCACUCAUCUUCCAUGAUGGCAGGAUAGCCUUCAGGCCAACCCCAGCCUCCACACUCUGCAUGUUCCUAUGGAUUCCUCUUGGCAUCCCCGUCGCCAUCUCCCGACUCCUUAUCUUCCUCUCCCUCCCCCACGCCCUCUCUAUUCCUAUGGUUGCCAUCUUGGGCUUGCACUUCAGGGUCACCUCCUCCUCCUCUCACCACCGAGAACCUCAAGGCCAGCUCUACGUGUGCAACCACCGCACCCUCGUCGAUCCCAUCUACAUCUCCGGCGCCCUCAAACGCCACGUUACCGCCACCACUUACAGCCUCAGCCGCAUCUCGGAGCUGCUCUCCCCCAUAAAAACCAUCAGGCUGACGAGGAACCGCGAGGUUGACAGAGUGACGAUGGAGUCGCUGCUCAAAGAAGGAGACCUCGUGGUGUGCCCCGAAGGGACGACAUGCCGCGAGCCGUACCUCCUCCGGUUCAGCCCCUUGUUCACCGAGCUAAGCCGAGAGGUCGUGCCGGUAGCAUUAAACGUGCACUUCAACAUGUUCCAUGGCACCACUGCGAGCGGCUUCAAGGGCUUGGAUCCGCUCUAUUUUCUUAUGAAUCCCUUCUCGUGUUAUAAUGUGGUGUUCAUGGAGAAGGUGGCCACUGGUUCUGUGGAUGGGAAGGAGUGCAGCAGUCGUGAGGUGGCUAACUAUGUGCAGGAGAAGAUGGGGAAGGUGUUGGGAUUUGAGUGCACGGCCCUCACUAGAAGGGAUAAGUAUUUGAUGCUUGCGGGUAACGAAGGGAUUUCCUAUAAAGAAGCAAAAGGGAGUUGAUAUGAGAUCAUGCAUGGAUGGACGCAUUAAUGGGUCCUUCCUUCUCCAUAAAUAUUGAAGAGAUCCAGGGCAGAAAAGAUCUACUGAAAGAUCUUGUUUCAUGACACCUUUUGUUUCUCUUUUCUUCAUCUUGUUUCUCGGUACGUAUACAUGUGUAUGUAUGGAUAUUGCGAUGUUAAGGGUUUUCGUUUUCUUUGUUUGGUUAGGACGAAUUUGAAGUAAUUUUUCAUGACUAUAUAUUAGGAUAGAGAAUAGGAAAAGGGACUACGAUUAAAAUCCCGUGCGUGCAAUUUACUGCAAUUAAUUUGUACAGGAGUACUAGUUCAUCCUAAUAAAUUCUAGUGGUUGGAACA